ACGUCACGGGGGGGCGGGGCGCGGCCAGGGCCGGAACAUGGCGGCGCCCUCGGCCCCGCGGCCGCCCCGGCCCCGCAAGGAGCCGCAGCCGCUCGUCAUCCCCAGGAGCGCGGCCGAGGAGCAGCGCCUCCGCCUCGAGCGCCUCAUGAGGAACCCGGAAAAGACUGUACCAAUUCCCGAAAAACUGAAUGAAUGGGCACCACGACCUCCCCCGGAGUUCGUUAGAGAUGUCAUGGGUUCCAGUGCUGGGGCUGGGAGCGGGGAGUUCCACGUGUACCGGCACCUCCGUCGGCGAGAGUACCAGCGGCAGGAUUUCAUGGAUGCCAUGGCUGAGAAGCAAAGACUAGAUGAGGAAUUCCAGAAGAAACUGGAGAGGAAUAAGAUGAUUGCAGAAGAGCAAACAGCAAAACGCAGAAGGAAGCGCCAGAAGUUAAAAGAGAAGAAACUGCAAGCUAAGAAAAAUAAACUUGAACAAAAGAAGCAGGAAAAAGAACCUGGGCAAUCCCAAGAGCAAGGCAGCAGCGAGGACGACGAAGAGGACAGCAAGGAGGAUGAAGAGAAGGAAGAUGAUGCUGAAGAGCCAAGUUUUGUGAUGGGAAGAGGAUGAGGCCUUCCAGGGAGAGCUGGAAACACUGUUCAUUGCUUUAUAUUCAGGAGCAUGAAAGUCUUUCAUCUCAGCCAAGCAGAACCCAUUGGCGUACGUUACAUCUGCUUAACGGGGCAUGGCCUUCACGUCACAGGCCUGAGAGAAAAUGAUAGAGAAAUGCCAAAUAAGAGAUUUUUUCUUAAUUGCUUGUAUAACUGCUGUGCAGUCUGCUCUAAGUUUGCUCUAAAGAGUCAGCCAUAAGUCUCUAUGACCCUAGAGUUCUUUCUGAAAUGGCCCAGAGUGUUUUUCUGUCUGAAAGCUAAAACAUGACUAUUACCAUUUAAGGGAAAUAUUACUGUGAAGGCUACGUAUUCUACUUACCUUGAAGCUGGUAGCAGUGGGAUACAUGAAUCUAGGGGAAGAGUUUAACCUGAAGUAGAAAAGUGGUCUGUAGCCAGACUCUCCUGCACUGUGAGUGUUCUGCAUUUGGGGUUUUGUAUGGGGUCAUCUCUAACCCAAAGAAAUCAGUUUAUGUUGCUAGACAAGUUCUAUAGAUUUUUAAUCUGGAUCCCUUUUUUAAUGCUAAAACUUUCCCUAUUGCUUUUCUUCCAUGUUUUCUAAAUUAAUAAAAGGGAUGUGUUGGAUUGUUCUGUCUUCUAUUUUUCUUUUUGGAAGAGGAUUUCAGUAAAAUAAAGAGGUGCUGCAGGAAGGGACAAAGAUCAAGUGAUGUGGCACACAUGAAAAUAUGGAAAAAGGUGUUAGCUGCAUGUCACUUACUUUUUGCUUUUGAAUUGGAACAAUACCUUUUCCCAAAGAUUGUGUGUAAAGCCUCCAAAUCCUGUGGCAGAAAGGCUUGGAAUGGAAUCAUUUUGCUUGUGCUCAGCUUCCUGUGAUGACACCUGCCUUUCUCUCUGCUUGAGUGCUCUGCUUUGCACCUUGGAUUCCCUGGUAGGAAUCUUAACAUCUCUCUAUAUAUUUACUUAUUGGUGCUGAAAGCAUAUGCAGUGGUGGUUUUACUUGUAA